AGGGUGAGAUAAAGUGUGAUAUAAAGUUUUAGAAGAUGUAUUGGAACGUUACAAGGUGGUAUGUCUGGGGAGGGGUUCUUAUUAUAUUCUUAAAACCUGUCCAACCAUUGGAGUCAUGUAAGCAAUGUGUAAAAAUGACAAAGAGAGAGGGGAAAAUUGAAUACACAAUGAUAUACCACACUAUUAUCCCUGAAUGUUUACAGACUGACUUGACAGACUGCAUUCAGAAUGAAACACAAUACAAGCGCUGUAACACUAGCACAGGGGUAGAAUGUUAUGACCCAAAAGCAAUAGGACCAGUAACUGCAAAAAUGUGGGUAUAUGCUUAUAAAGGAGGGGAAAAUGCAUUUCAAAUGUUCUCAUUAAGCCAAAUCAGACAAGGCUAUAUAGCUCAUAAUGAAACUAGGGGUGAAACUAGUGUGGGGGUGUGUUUUGAUGCCUGCCAAGCUAUUAAUAAUGGGCAAGGAUCUGACAACUCAUUUGGAGUAAAAUGUAAAAAUUUAGAGUGGGAAAGAAGUUAUAUGAAGGAAAGGAAAUACUUAUUCCAGGAAACAGCACCUACAUUGAGUACGGGACAUGUUGCUUUUGCUCCAAGCUAUGAUUACUGGUAUACUACUAUAAACCCAAAUGAAAGGAAUAGAGGACCAAAGGGAAUGAAUAUCAGUAUGGGAAAUACCAGGACUGAUUGCAUUCAAGGAAAAUGUAACCCCCUCUGUAUAUACACAAAUCAGUCACUGGAAAAAGGAAUCCAAUAUAGAGAAUUUGGAAUAGGAAUAGAUGGAAUUGGAAAGGACCCAUGGGGGUGGCUAAUAUUAAAAAUAGAAACAACUAAGGUAAAACCAAUACGCAAAAGUAUAUUUUGGUCAUAUUACCAGGAAUUCGAAAAAUUAGAAUUACCUGAAUUUCCUAAGAAAGCAGUAAAUAUGUUUGUGCAGAUGGCUGAAGAAAUUGCUAAGACUCUAACGGUGAGCAAUUGUUUUGUGUGUGGAGGAACAAAUAUGGGAGAACAGUGGCCAUGGGAAGCUCAAGAAUUAAAACAUGAGAUUGUGGUAGAAAUGUGGAAAAAUAAGACUCUCAAAUUCAUAAAAGGAACAGAGGGAACUUGGGCAUUAACCACAAAUUUAGUGGGGAAAAUAUGUUAUGAAAGGAAAAAGAAGAAUAGGAAAGUUGCAGUAGGAGACAUGAUUUGCUUGGCUAUAUGGAAUAAUGGCAGUUGGUGGGGAGGAAGUGGAAUAUCAAAGAAGGAGACAUUAAGUGAAAUAACUGAGAUGGCUUAUUUGAAAGAUCCUGAAAACGACACCCUGGACUGGGUAGCCCCCGAAGGUAUGUAUUGGAUAUGUGGAAAAUAUGCCUAUGGGUAUCUACCCAAGGGGUGGUAUGGAUCUUGCAUCUUAGGGAUAAUAAAGCCAAGUUUUUUCCUCCUCCCCAUCGAACGGAAACAAUUGCUGGGACUAACUGUAUAUGAUGAUUUAUCAGAUAAGGUCCGAGCAAAAAGAGCCAUACAGCCAAACAAUGUAGAAAUUGGAACUUGGAAGGAUGAUGAUUGGACUCCAGAGAAGAUCAUCAAAUAUUAUGGACCUGCUACUUGGGCGGAAGAUGGUACUUUAGGUGCCAGAGAGCCCAUCUAUAUCUUAAACAGGGUGAUCCGGCUGCAAGCAGUACUUGAAAUAAUUACUAAUGACACUAUAAGUACUCUGACACAUCUGGCUAUGCAAAAUCGUUUAGCCUUAGACUACUUAUUAGCCCAAGAAGGAGGGGUAUGUGGGAAAUUUAAUUUGAGUAAUUGCUGUAUUGAAGUGGAUGAGAGUGGAAAAGUAGUAAAGGAAAUUACAGACAAAAUGAUAAAAUUAGCUCAUGUCCCAGUUCAAACCUGGAGGGGACUGACCUUAGAUGGAGUAAAUAAUUGGCUUGGAGGAUGGUUUACAGACUGGAAGGAGUUAGCAAAAUUUGCAAUAUUAGGAUUCUUGGCUAUUAUGUUUUUUCCUUGUUUGAUUCCUCUCAUACAAACAUUAAUAAAACGAACAAUGAAAAGCAUGACUUUAAUAACAACUUCAAUAGAGAGUGGAAAGAAAGAAACAAUGUUGGUAAUGAGAAUAGGAAGACAGGGGUUGAAAGAAGUAGAUUCAGAAUGUAAAAACUUGCUUCCACAGGAACCUAAAGAAAAUAUUGGGAGUUAUGAAUUGUUAAAAGUAUAAAAGAAUAAAUUCAGGUGGAAAAGGAAAAGGGGGGAUUGAAGGAAAUAAAAAAUUAAGGAAAUAAAAGUUAUUCUUUUAAUAAUUGUAGAAAUAAUUUAGAAAUGUAAUGCCAUUAUAUGAAACUGUCUCUUUAGUACUAAUGUAAUGCUGUAACACAAAUGUAACAAUGCAAUGCCAAUAUAUGACCAAAUGUUUACUAUAUCCUGCCUAAAAAAAAAAAAAAAAUCUCCUGGACAUAGGAAAUUACACUUUGAGUGGAAAUCCUACUAUCAAAGAAGGGGAUUUUAACCCAAAGUGAGAAUUCCAGAUAAACAAGAUAACAGCAGAUGGACGGAAGAGGUCAGGUUAACAAAGUACCACUUCAGAGAAAAUCAUUAAGAUGAAAGAGAUGUGACAAUGCAUUGUAGGGCUAUAAAAUGCAAAACCUGAAACCAGGUCGGGGUGCUCCUGGAAUCCAAUCCAUAGGGAAGGAUCCAGGGGGCCGCGUUUGCAAACGCCUCUCUCUCUCUUCUAUUCUUUUUCUUUCUUAUUCUGUUUAUGUUAUUUUCCAAUAAACCUU